AUGAAAACAUUUAAGUAUUUGGGCUUGCUUUGAUUAGGUGUUCACAUUGUCCUUUCCUUGGAGAUAAAAGUGGAUACCCAUGUUAAGGGUUAUGUUGGAGAAAAGGUCAAAUUGAAAUGCAUUUUCAAGUCCACUUCAUCUGUCACUGAUAAACUCACCAUAGACUGGACAUAUCGACCACCCAGCAGCAGUCGCACCGAAUCAAUUUUUCAUUAUCAGUCCUUCCAGUACCCAACCACAGCAGGCACAUUUCGAGAUCGAAUUUCCUGGGUUGGAGAUGUAUACAAAGGGGAUGCAUCCAUAAGCAUUAACAACCCUACCAUAAAGGACAAUGGAACAUUCAGCUGUGCUGUGAAGAAUCCCCCAGACGUGCACCAUAAUAUUCCCAUGACAGAGCUAAUAGUCACAGAAAGGGGUUUUGGCACCAUGCUCUCCUCUGUGGGCCUUCUUUCCAUUCUUGUCUUCAUUCCCUCAACUGUGGUGGUGGUUCUGCUGCUGGUGAGAAUGGGGAGGAAGUCUGCAGGGCUGCCGAAGAGGAGCAAGUCUGGCUAUAAGAAGUCGUCUAUUGAGGUUUCGGAUGACACUGAUCAAGAGGAGGAUGACUGCAUGGCAAGAGUUUGUGUCCGUUGUGCCGAGUGCUUGGAUUCAGACUAUGAAGAGACAUAUUGAUGAAAACCUGCAGGACAUAAGAAGAAUCAACUAAUAACAGAAAAUAUCCCAUUUCACUGGCAGCUAAAGCCUCUCAGAGAAGUGGAGCUGGCCUGGACAGCAGUGAUGGAGGUUUCUGGAUGUCAUCAAUAAAGACUUUAGGAACCAUUUAUUUAUUGAAGAAAUGUCCUUUUUGUAUUUAUAAACUGUUCAAAAACUUUCAGAAGAGACUCAUAACUACCCCUUUUAAUAACUUAUACUCUAAUUGAAUGAAGGAAUUCUUUUCCUGAAUAGAAAGAUACUUUUUAUUUCACCUUUGUUCUUGAAUGUGUUAUAUGUUUUCUUCCAAUUAUUUGAGGAAGAAUCCUAAAUAUUGGCCACACUGCUGAUGCCAAACUUUUUUUUUUUUUUUUUUUAAUGAAUUGGAGCUUGUAGCUUCUUGAUGUGCUUGCUACCAGAUAAAAUGUUUGUUUGGAAUAAGAAUUGUUUUUUGCUCCAUUAACAUUUUCAGCUGUGAGUUAGCACACAGCAUAUACUCAUUGGUUUAAUUAUCUCAUCAUUAAUUAUGUUUGAGUUACUUGGAGUGUAUAACACUAAUUUCCCUAGAGUUGGUAGGAUCAGGAAUCAGUGGUUUGUUUGAUUGGGUUUUUAAAGUAUUAAAGUGUCAGCAAUUUAUAAUUAAGGAAAGGUAUGGUGAGGCACAGGGAGUCCUUUCUUUUGUUUUGCCUGGUGCAAUUUGUUACUUUAGUACUUCCUUACAGCUGACUGAUUUAUGGUUUCCUUCUUGACUUUUCAGAUCAGAGGCAAGAAAAACUCUUCAAAAGAUUUUGUAUGGAUGUAUAGACUAUUUUGCUAGUUAUUUGCAAUGAAAUACUCUUUUAACCUGUAUUCUUCUUCAUUUUUUUGACUCUAAAAUGCACCAAAUAUGAGGGAACUGAGGUAUUUACAAACUAUUUUUGUAUAAUGCUUGAGAUAAGGAAGUGAUGUUGUGCAUAACCUAUACCUCUCCUUUCUGGUCUCUCAGUACCUUAUUUAUCAGCUUCCUUCAUUUUCCUACUGCAACAUAUUUCAAAUUUUGAUUUCUAUGGGAAUUUCUAUAAGCCAUUAAGAAAUAUGUAUGACAUGUCAGGAAGGGUUGACAACGUAGUCUUCUGUAAUAAAGUGAUAGGGUUCACUUCUCAAUUAGGAGAGACAAAAUUAUCCCCUCCCCUCAUAUUUGUUUUUUUACUAGGAUAGUCCCUUUCCAUAGUUCUUCAAUAGGUGGCUCAAGAGGUUUCCAUAUUAUAGCAUUAUACACCAUAUAUGUUACAAAAAACCACUUCUACAUUUUUUUUUUUGCCAAGAUCUAUUUUUAAAAAUUUGGAUUGUUAGCUCUGUCUCAUGGAUUUGCCCUGGCCUCUUUUGUUAACCUAGUCCAUAGAUUAGAGAGUCUGAUUAGUUAAUAGAUCUGACUUACCUCUAGUCAUGAAAAAGAGUAGAAGAGGCAAGACAGGAUUCGCAGCUUACAUUUCCAGUGGUUAAACCUCACCGUCUUGGGCUACUUGUUAAGUAUGUGGUUGUCUGGCGCCAAUCUAUUGGGCCAAUCUGGCACCUCAACAGAGAGAAGAAAACAGUUUGAGCGAUGAGAAUAAAUAAAUUGGGUGCUAGGAGAUUUGAAGAUAGAGAUCUAAUUGUGAAGCAGCCUUUUUUUUGGGUCCCCCUUUCUCUAAGAGAUGAUGUUACAGGAACCAGUUAAAGCCACAUCCCAUUAAAUGAGGAACCGGUUUUAGCUGGGCUUGCUUGUAAUUCCCUUUUGGGCAUGUUUUGAUCAUUAAUCCUGUGUGGUAUUUUGUCACUUUAGGCAAAUGGUGCUGUGUGAAUCCUUAGUAGUGUUAUUUUGUAGACUUGAUCAUGAUUUGAACCAGUCCUUUUAAAAUGACUGAACAAUAGAGUCCUUCAUGGGAAGAGAGUAAGUUGAUAAUUCAGUCUUGCUCCAUGGGUUUGUGUUCACGUCACAGCCAUAAGGCUGCUAUCAGUUUUCUUCUUCAUCCCUUAUAUUGAGGUCUGGGUUACAGCUCUUCUUCAAAGGAGCACAAAGCAGUGUUUGGACACCUGCUUUCUCGAAGGAUGGAAGGAAGAUAGCGUGUUGUUUUUUUUAACCCACUGUUUUAAUAUCUUUUAAGGUGCUGUUCUCUAUUUUUCUUUUUGCUGCUCCACGAGCUCUUAUCACACUGUAUGGAGACCAGCCUUGUCUAGAAAGGGAAUUUAAUUCUGAAGGCUUCAAGAAGGGCUUAAAAGCCUUUCAGAAUUUGUCUUUGUCUUUACUUGUGGUUACUAUGUUCCUUUAUGAAUUUUGUGUAUCGAGCUCUUAAUUCUGUUACCAAAUGUGAACUUACACAAAAUGCUUUGUGUUUCCCACAUGGCCUGUUACGUCAGGCUUCUUGGGGAACAGCUACUCUGCAGCUCCCAAAUUGGGCACUGGUGCUUCAAGAGGGAACGUUGUAUGUCCCUGCUUUAAAAACAUUCUGGAGGCCAAAUCCUGAAUCUGAAUGUUCUGUUGUGUCAGUCAGUUAUGGUUUUAAACGGGAGCGGUAAAAAGAUCCAUAGGGAAUGGAUCAAGAGUAUCAUUUAAUUGCACAACUCAAAACUUUCUGCCAGAAAAGGCAGCUCCAUUCCUUUGACCCCAGUGUUGUGCUGCUCGAUUGUUAAUUGCUGCAUUUCACUGCGGGUUUGUUUGUUUGUUUGUUUGUUUGUUUUAUCUAGGAGGAUAUGCACUGUUGGGCUAUGUUCACAGACAUAGUAACUCUUGAUAUCUUUACCACAUCAUAAUUAAUAAACUUCUUUGCACUUUC